AUUGUUUCCAUACGAAUCAAAAUAAGAGUUGGACACUUUGAAAUUUGUCUGUUCGGCAUUCAAGAUUAAAGAAAUCGUAUUAAGUGUUGCUAGCGUGUCUCGAGGCUGAGGUGGCACGAUGAUGCGGUACUGGGGGGAGAUCCCAGCGCCCGCAGCGCCGCCCAGCCGCAGCUCCUUCGACCUGCUGCAGCGGGAGUUCCGCUCGGUGGAGGUGCAGGACCCCCCCCUGCACCAGCCCUCCGCCCAGCGCCCGCGCCCCACCACCAUGCUGGACGUGCCCUCGGAGCCCUGCAGCCUGACCAUCCACACGGUGCAGCUGUGCCAGCACGCCCGCCGCCUCCGGGGGCUCCUGGCCGCCGCCCAGGGCCAGCCCCAGGCCGAGGGGGCGGGGCGGCCCGAGGACAGCGACGCCCUUCCUCCCCGGGUAGUAUUGCUCCGCCCUGCUGUGAGUCUGUGCUUGCUGCUCAGGGGCCAAGGAGAGCCAGUGACGGAGCUGAGCUGGCCCUCCUGCCGCCAGCUGCUGUACCAGUCCGUGGCCACGGUGCUGGCGCACGCGGGCUUCGAGACAGCGCAGGAGAGCGUGCUGGAGACCCUGACGGACGUGGCGCACGAGCACUACCUGCGCCUGAGCCGGCUGCUGCGCUUGGGCGUGGACCGGGAGGCCCGGCUGGGCACGACGCCCUUCCCGGACGUGGUGGAGCAGGUCUUCCACGAGGUGGGCAUCGGCAGCGUGCUGGCACUGCAGCGCUUCUGGCAGCAGCGCAUCAAGGACUACCACAGCUACAUGCUGCAGGUGAGCAGGGAGCUCUCGGAGGAGUACGAGCGACUGGUGAACCCCGAGAAGGCCACCGAGGACACUAAGCCAGUGAAGAUCAAAGAGGAGCCGCUCAGCGACAUCGCUUUCCCCGUCAGCGAGGAGCCAGAGGCGGAUCUGGCCUCCGGGGACCAGGCCCUGCCCAUUGGGGUCCUGGGGGCCCCCAGUGAGAGACUGCCCACAGUGCUGGAAGGGGAGAACUCCCCACACCCUGGAGGUGCGGCGGGAACCAGCUCCCCCCUGUGGCAGCUGGCGCAGGUGAAGAUGGAACCGCAGGACGGGGAGGAGGGGCAGGUGUCGGGGCACGCCGUGCUGGGGGGCGACGUGUUUGAAGAGCCCAUGUCCACAAUGAGCGAAGCCGGCAUGCCCCCGUCACCCGGCGGGGCUGGCUCUGAAGCCAGCUACGGCUCCCAUUCCCCGGACAGUCUCAUGGGAACCUCCCCUGUCUUUAACCAGCGGCCCAAGAAACGGCUCAAGAAGAUGUGAGAGCUGGUGCUGACCCGGUCUCUUUUUCGGCCCCUCACUUUCUCUUUGCAUCUAUCUGAGACUCCGUGUGCACAGCUUCGUAUCUCCUCCCCGGCCCAUGUCUAGUUCAGCUGAGGCGUGGUUAAUAUAACUAGCCCUUCCUGUCCUACAGCUCAGGCCAUUCCAGAGUUGAUUCAGAGCUCAGCAUCUUCUUAUUACAUUGCCCAAUCCAUUCAUGAUGGCUUCUGCAGGACUGGAGAGUAAAACAGGCAGAGCCCCUGGUCUCGACACUACCAAACUGAGAAACAAGAACAAACAGCAAUACCAACCAAAAGCUUCUGUUCAUGAAUUCCAGUUCAGCAGGUUGUAUAGGUCACCUUUAAAUCACCAAUUUUUAAAAAUAUGAAACAAUUGCAUUGUGAUCAUUAAGCAAGUGAUGUCUUAGAUUAAGUACCACAGAGUUUAUUGAAGUCUAGGUUCUAAGUACUCUUCAGUCUUCAAGGACCACAGCUCUUUUCAUUUAACGGAGUACUUGUUUGAUUCAUCGAUAGCUGAGAGGUGGAGCCAGUCUCUAAAACCAGUCAAACUAACUGGAGUGGGGAUCUCGAGCAGCAGAGCUGGAGAUUCCUGGCGUGUCGCAUUUGAUUCUGGCUGUGUGUUACAAUUAGGAAGUCUUACGAAUUUUGUAGAGUAAAAUCCAAUAUGUACAGUAUUUUGAACUUUAAAGGCCUACGUGAUGCCACAAAAAUUGCUACGUUAUGACUGUGCAAAUUUCAAAUGAAUUAUCACUGGUAGCCUCCACCUGUGAUGGCUGUAAACAUUUAUUAAUAUGCAGCUAAUUAAUCAGAUGAUUUACAAUUAGUUUUUAUUCUAAAACACAUUUUCACAGUAAGUAGAGUCAUCCCUCAGAGUCUUGUAUCCACAUUGCCUCAGAAGGAAUUACUUAUUUCAAUAAAGGAACCAUUAAAAACAUCCCUCAGUUCAGAUCAAAUCUAAUGGAUCUCUGGCAUUUAAUUAGAUUAUAUAAAAUGCAGUCUUGUGCAUUUUAAGAAGGCAAUAUCACCUGUCCACAGAUGAAUUAUUUUGUAGUGUGUGUGCCUAUGAGGGCUUGGUAAAAGGCCUAAUUCAGUGGAUCCCUGAGGUGUGGUAAUACGGAGUACAGCGCUCAUAUACAAGACUAGCCUUGACACUGUUAUCUCUGGACUGUUACAUACAGUAGCAGCAAGACAUUUAUCUUAGCUUCCCCCUCUGCAUGGUUUUACAGGUUUGGAGUACAGCUUUGAAUAAAAAUGUCAAUUUAC